AUGGCCUCGUCCGCAGUGACCAUAGCCCAGCUCCCCAAUGAAAUCAUCUCCUACAUCCUCGACUUUCUCGACACGCCCUCCGACUUCGAGCAGCGCCAGUACGAUGAUCCGGCCCUGAUCCCAGGCCUCGACCAUUCCGACGACUCCCUCUCCAAGCCUCCCCGUGGCGACCUUAAGAGCGCGUCCCUCGUAUGCCGCCUCUGGAGACGCUGCACCCUGCCUCUGCUCUUCCGCAACGUCAUCUGGAGAUUCCAGCACAUCAUCCGUCCGCCUCCCGGUCAAGAUCCGUUGAGCACGGUUGAAGGGCUCGAGUUCCUGCGCUUCCUGAUCAGCUCUGGGCUCGACCAGUGCGUCCAGAGCCUGACUAUCGUCAUCGACUAUCCCACGUCUGCCAUUGGCGACGACCUGAGCCACCACAACAGCUUCGGCGUUCUGCCCAGCCAUGUCCCCUUUCCGAUCCUUACGGAGCACGACGAUGAUCUCGUCAUUGAGCCGGGUCCAAAUUCUCGCCCAAAAGGCCAGUCCAACAACUGGCUAUGGGAGACCAUCUUUGACCACCUGGACCUCCUGAGCAUCAACCUCGUCAGCUCUCCGGCCAUCCUCGCCUCGCUGCUUGGACGGCCAAUGGACCUCUCUGGCUGCUGGAUCUUUCGCCAACGGUUCCACAUCCUCUCCCUUUCGAGACCAGCCAAGUCCGUUGAGAGACACCCUGCCACUUCGAAGACACCAGUGAGCAUCAGACCUCGGCCUCAUAUCAAGACGAGCGUCCCUUGCAGUCUCUUCAGCAUCCGUCCAUGGGAGUCGAUGCUCCUCAACGAAGGCUCUUCAGUCAAGGUCUACACGACAUACGAAUACUUCAACCACGUGCCCCCUUCCCUCCUCAACGCCCUGCUGGACGCGGGAGACGAAUCCAUGCAGCACCUGCUGCUCAACACGCUCCGCUCCUUUUCCUACAUUGCCAUCUUCCCGCUCGCCACCCACAUCAACCACGACCUGAUCCACCGCAUCCCGGCUCUCGAGAGCUUCUACAUCCAGAUUGUGCCUCGCGCGCCGAGCUUCGCCGGCGACGACUACCGCCAUCCCGCCAUGGACAUCUCCGACCUGUGGAUGGAGCGCAACACGGCCUACGCAUCGCUCAUCAUGGCCAUCUUUGACCCGCCUCCACUGGGCUCGUGGAGCAGCCUGCAGUACUUUGAGUCGGGCGACGCCAUUGAUAGGGAAGCCUGGGAGCAGGCUGUGCGGUAUGUCAUUUUCGCGGCGGGCGCGACGUGGAAGGUUGCUGGUGAGGGCAAGUUUGUCCGGAGGAAGGACAAGGUGCCCAUGGCUAUUCACACCACUAUUUCCGCCUAA